UCUUCCAAUUAUGGACAAGCCCGGACUUAUGCAUUAUCGCCGGCACCACCGACGAGGAUAUCGCGGGCGCUCCAUGGCGCUGUGUGGAGGCAGGCACCUCGUGGCGCGGCCCGACUGAUUGAUUGCAGGCUCACACACGACACUCGGCGCUUGUGACAAGUCCAAUCGUUCUUACUUCCCACUCGGAUCUUGUCAACUGUCCCAUCAUACAAAGUCAGAUUUCUUCGCAGACCACUUUAUAGGUACGCAACACCAUCAUCAUGUCUUCUACCGCUGGAAAGCCAAUCACUUGCAAGGCCGCCGUGGCCUGGGAGGCUGCAAAGCCACUCACCCUGGAGACCAUCGAAGUGGCCCCACCUCGCGCUGGAGAGGUGCGAGUCAAGGUCGAGUACACUGGACUCUGUCAUACCGACUACUACACCCUAUCUGGAAAUGACCCGGAGGGAGCUUUCCCUUCGGUUCUUGGUCACGAGGGCGCAGGCUACGUCGAGUCUGUAGGCGAGGGCGUGACCAAUGUCAAGGAGGGUGAUUCCGUCAUCCUCUUGUACACGGCCGAGUGCAAGGAGUGCAAGUUCUGCAAGUCAGGAAAGACCAACCUUUGCCAGCGAGUGCGUGCCACUCAGGGUCAAGGUGUGAUGCCAGACGGUACCAAGCGAUUCACCUGCAAGGGCAAGGAGCUGGGCCACUUUAUGGGCACAUCCUGCUUCUCGCAGUACACCGUCGUCUCCCAGUACUCCCUCGUCGCAGUCGACCCCAAGGCUGCCCAGGACAAGACCUGUCUCUUGGGAUGCGGUGUCACCACUGGAUACGGUGCCGCGACCAAGACGGCAAAGAUCACCGAAGGGUCUACUGUUGCCGUCUUUGGAGUCGGCUGUGUGGGUCUGGCCGUCAUCGACGGAGCCGUGGCAUCCAAGGCAGGCAAGAUCAUUGCCGUGGAUACCAACGACGGCAAGGAGUCCUGGGCCAAGAAGUUCGGCGCUACCGACUUUGUCAACCCAUCGAAGCUGGGCGAGCAGAGCAUCGUUGACAAGCUCGUAGAGAUGACGGAUGGAGGACUAGACUACACCUUUGACUGCACGGGCAAUGUCAAGGUGAUGCGCUCUGCCCUCGAGGCAUGCCACAAGGGUUGGGGUAUCUCUACGGUCAUCGGUGUUGCUGCUGCUGGUCAGGAAAUCUCCACUCGUCCCUUCCAGCUGGUCACCGGUAGGAAAUGGCAAGGAUCCGCCUUUGGAGGAGUCAAAGGUCGCUCGGAAUUGCCUGGAUUGGUGGACAAGUACCUCAACAAGCAGUUCAGGGUCGAUGACUACAUUACCCACUCUCAGGACCUGGAUCACAUCAACCAGGGCUUUGAUGAUAUGAAGAAGGGAGAGUGCAUCAGGUGUGUCGUCAAGAUGCAGUAGGCGGUCUUAGCGCACGAGGCGUAAGACCGGUUAUACCUGUCUCACAUCGUGUCAAUGCAUAAAAAAUAUUCUGCUUGCAUUCGGUCUU